AUGAAGGCAGAUCCUGAGGUGAAGAUGAUCUCCGCGGAGGCCCCUAUAUUAUUUGCGAAAGGCUGCGAUAUUUUCAUUACAGAACUCACUAUGCGGGCUUGGAUACAUGCUGAAGAUAACAAGCGACGCACGUUGCAAAGAUCAGAUAUCGCAGCAGCCUUAUCCAAAUCUGAUAUGUUUGAUUUCCUCAUUGACAUAGUACCUCGUGAAGAGGCAACAUCGCAUGCGAAAAGAUCGAGCCAGGCAGCCGCAGGUGCUGCAGCUCCUUCCACUGCAACAGGUGCCCAACUGCCACCUUCUCAACAUGGUGUUCAACAUCCCCCCCACCAUAUGGGUCCCCCAGAUUACGGUUCUCUGGGACAGCAUGGCAUUGGACAAGACCAAGAAUAUCGGCAGCCAACGAUGUACGGCGGAGCCGUUCAGUCUGAUCCAACGGCCGCGUAUGGACAGCCGCAAUCCCAAAUCUUUGAAGGAAUGUACAAUCCUUACCCACAUCUUCCGCCACAGCAGUUCAUGUUACGGCGCCGUGCUCAUAGUUUUGUUGCUAGUAUUAUGAUGGAUAUUGUGCCUAUCACUACCAUGGAGUUUCCAAUGGAGUCAGACAGUGUGGUUCGCAGUAUGCUUAACAUCGACUCCGGGCCCUAA